AUUCCCCUUUGAAAUAUGUUUUUGUUGUAGAUAUUGAAGAUGUUGAAAAUCCUCAAUCUCAGCCACUCUCUUUACUUGAAGCAAACUCCUGAUUUUUCAAAACUACCAAAUCUUGAGAAGCUAAUCCUCAAAGACUGUCCAAGACUAUCCAUGAUGCAUGAUUCUAUUGGGCAUCUUCAUGAACUUCUUCUCUUAGAUUUGGAGGAUUGUGUUGGCCUUCAUAGUCUUCCAAGAAGCAUUUAUAGAUUAAAAUGCUUAAAAACUCUUAUUCUUUCUGGUUGUUUGAAUAUUGAAAAGCUUGAGGAGGACAUAGAGCAAAUGGAAUCUUUGACAACUUUAAUUGCUCCUACAAUAAAACAAGUGCCCUACUCUUUGGUGAGAUUAAAAAGCAUUUUAAAUCUAUCUAUUUAUGGUCAUGAAGGAUUAGCACAUUGUGUGAUUCCUUUUCUCUACCAAUCUUGGAUGUCCCCAACAAAUAAUCUGCUACCUCAUACUCUGACAAAUGCGGGCAUGCCAUUAUCAAUUAUGUUAAAUAUGCUAAAAAGCAUCCCUAUUUCUUCAACAAUCCCUAGCAAUGUACCAAAGAACCAGAGUUUUUUGCUAGAAGAUAGAUUGGAGAUUCUAGAUUCCUUCUAUGCUACAAAUUGUAUGGACAUCUCGAGAAUUAAAAAUUGCUUGGAGCAUCUUUUAAUUCAAAUUGGAAAGAAUUCUCAAGUCUUUUGUACACUUUCAAAGAGGGUUUCACAGGGAUUGAAUCUUACAAAGUAUAGUGAUGAUUGCAUUCUUCCUGGUGACAGUUAUCCGUACUGGCUAACAUUUAAGGGUGAAGGAGCUUCUGUAAAAUUUGAACUGCCCCCAGUUAAUGGUUAUGAUCAUUUAAAAGGGAUGACUAUUUGUUUUGUAUAUAUCCCCUCAGGUGAUUUGGAUAACAAGGCAUGUGAAUCCUGCAUAAUUUGCUUAAUGAUCAUAAAUUAUACAAAAGCAACCACUUUGCUCUACACGGAAGAAAAACUGAAAUCCUUGGAAGAAGCAGAGAUGGAAGAAAUAAUAUCAAAUCUGGGACCUGGUGACCAAGUGGAGGUGAGAGUAAUUUUUGGGAAUGGAUUCACUGUGAAGAAAACAGCAGUUUAUUUGGUGUACAAUGAGUCAUUUGAUGAACAGAUGGAGCCUUCAACAUUUGAAGCUGUAAAUUUAAUUGGCACCAAACGCAUAUACGAGGAGGAGGAAGAAGAGGAGGCAUAUCAAUCUACCAAAGCUAAAAAGGCAACAAAGUUUUUGCUGCACCACUUUCUUUGA